GAGGCGGGGCCCUAGGUCUGCAGGUGUGGUUCAAGCAUAUAACAGGACAUGGACUUGAGAACAGACCGAGUGCCAACAGGGAGGGAUGAGGCACCUGAGCUAUACCGAUAACAGAAAGGAUCGUUCGUUGAGUCUGCAGCACAUAAGAGGCAAAAAAACAAAUAAGGGACCGACUUUUGGAUUACUGCUGUGAUGUCUAACUAACUCACUGGUUUUUGUGGAUUUCAGGAAAUUAACGAGAGGAACAAAUUAAAAGCAGGAAGAAAAACGAUGUCGGUGUUCGGGGGGAUGGAUGUGGGCUUGUUGGAGAUUCCUGCUGAGCUGUCUGCCAGACUCCGCAGUCCAUCAGGAAGGCAGCAUGGGUCAGAGGUCACAGAGGUUGCUCCUCCUCAGGUGAAGGCGCAGCAUCAGCUAACGCUGCCUACGGAUAUCGACAGAUAUCCAUUUUCUCGCUAUGCCAAGUCUGUAUUAAAGGAUAACUGGUGCCAGCCUCAGGGAUACCCUCUGCAGAGACCCCUAACAGCUCUGGAUGCAGAAGAAGCAAGGACAGCCCUGGAAAUCAACAAACUGAUCCUGCGGUUCACCGGUGAGUCAGACCUGAGCACCUGGCAGGAGCAGACCUUAGGGAACUACAUAGUGGAGAAUGGCCAGAACCAUCCGGCACUGAGGGAUGAAAUCCUGGCCCAGUUGGCUUACCACACAUGGGGCAAACAUGAGGAGGAGGGCAGUUUGAGGGGGUGGCUGCUACUGGCCUGCUGCCUUAGUGCCUUCACACCCUCACCAACUCUGGAGAAACCACUGCUCAAGUUUGUCUCUGAUCACGGUCCAGGAGAUUAUCGUUCACUGUGUCAACACAAACUCCUGACAUCCCUGCAGCUCCCAGCUCCCACAGCUCGCAUCUACCCACCCACCCAGCUGGAGUGGACCUCCAUCGAGAGGAAAGGCACCAUGCUGCUGGAAGUCACUACUUUCAAUGAUGAAACCCUGACAACUGAGGUGGAGUCAUGGACUACAGGGGAGCAGCUGGCCUCCUGGCUUCUUCAUUACAGAGGUUUUUCAGAAGCAGUACAGGGCUGGUCUGUGUCUUUGGUUACUGAUGAAGGCUGGUCAGACUUGACUGGUUCAGACUUUGUCAUGGAUCUACUGGCUGGAGCAGAGGCUGAAGUUCUGCCACCACCAGGGACACCUUCCUCCACAAACACUGACUACUUGUUUAGCUCACAUGGGGAGAGGAUGCCAGUUACAGACCUGGAUGACUUUAUCCCACCUGCACCUCACAUGCAGGCACCUGGGCUGCCUGCUUUUGAUGGAAACCGCUGGGAAAGCGGUUUUCCACAAGAAGGACGUGGGCGGCAGAUCGAUGCCUUCGUUGAUGACUUGUUUGACCCUGUUCUGGACCACGGAGCCACAGACAUGGAGAGAGUGGCCAUGCUAAACCGAAGGAUGAGGGGAGGAGGUGGAGUUGGACCAAUGUUUGGAGCUGGUAUGCCUACGACAAUGCCAACCUACCCAAUGGGAGCACCAAUCAGCCCUCAAAUGCUCAGCUAUGGUGCAGCUCCCCUGAUGCCGACCAUGCCAGCCAUGAUGAUGCCUCAGACUUCUGCUGUCAGUGACCCCAUGCAGAUGGCAGCAACACAGCAGGCUCUCAUCAACCAGCAGGCCUUACUCAUGGCCCAGCAGAUGACUCUUCAGGCGAUGACCCUGUCGCAGCAGCAGACCCAGGAGCAGCAGAAGAAACAGCAGGAGAAAGGUGUGGAGGAAACAAGACAAAGGAGACAUCGAUCAACACAACGUUCUGUGGAGCACAGUCGCUCGCCGUCCCCUCAAACUACGUCACGCCCCCCUGUGGGACACAAAGUGCCCGCACCUAAAGCUUCCAAACAGUCUGAAUCAGAGUCAGAAGACAACGCAAACUCCACUGAUCCAGACAAUCUGCAGUCUUUCACAGACAAGAGGGACUUUUUCCAGAAGAUAGGUGCUCCACCUCAACGUAAAUCCACAACCCCAAAGCCACAGCCACGCCCCUCUAGUCCACCCAAACACAAGCAGCAAGCACCUCCAUCACCAAGCCCGUCACCUCCACCUGUAGCACCCAAGCCCAAUGCUGAAGAAGAGCCUGCAGCAGCUGAUGCCACCAAGACCCGGCCUGAACCCACCUCCAACAUCAGAGAAAUCAUCAAACAGUACAACAGUCGUCCUCAGCCAGAACCCACAGCCUUCCAGCCUCUGAAAGCCCCGAGAAAGACCACCAUUGUUAAGAAAACUGACCCCAAACAGGAGGCUUUGGCCAAACUGAGAAACAAAGGACCAGCGCCACAGCCGAAGAAACAGUGGGUGCCUCCACCACCUCCCCCUCCCAAGUCCCCCCCAUCUUCUCCCCCCUCAACUAGGAGCCGCAGAGUGAUCUCUAACAGCAUGAGGCAGAGGCAGCGCCCCCUAGAGGAGCUCUUUGGUUCUCAACACUCCAAGCAUUACCCCCCUCCUCCACCUGACUCCCCACCACCUCCUCCGGAGCCCCCUCUGAACCUUCACCACAUUCCUGACCCUCCACCUAUGGCUGCACCUUCUCUCUAUGUGAUGCCAGAUGAGGACGAUGUUUGGUCUCAGUUACACCGAUUCUCUGCCGGGGUCUACUUCUCCUACUGUGCCACGCCUGGAAAACUGUUCCUGCGGAAAGAGGUGUUUUUCCCCAAAGAGAUGUUCGACCAGCCCUACAUCCUCAGUCUGUUGUGUGAACAGAUCCUGAGAGACACCUACGCUGACAGCUGUGUUAGGAUCAGCAGGGAGGAGAGGAGGAAGAUGAAGGACCUGCUUGCAAACUUCAGCGUGGGAACAAGUGCCGGCAGCAUCCAGGACGAUAACAUCAAGAGGAGGAUCGUCGUCGCUGCGCGGGACAACUGGGAGAGCUACUUUGCUCGACUCUUCCCUGUGACGCCACACAGAGGAGAUGCCCAGCUUCUGGGAAUCUCUCAUCGAGGAAUUCGUCUCCUGAAGGUGGUGAGAGCAUCAGGUAUCAACCCAAAACAUCUCAGACUGCUCAAAGGCUACAGCUUUGCAGAGGUGUUGUCGGUUCAACUCCAGGCUGAUGACAAAGUGCAGCUGGAGCUGACGAGUGAAAACUUUGUGCUACAGUCAUCCAGAGCUCCUCAGAUCACUGCCAUGAUUCAGUCGUUCCUCCAGGAGCUCAUCAAGGACUCAGGCCAUGUGGUAGCCUUGAAGAGCUAUGUGACAGACGACAAGAGUCUUCUUACCUUCAACAAGGGUGACAUCAUCAAACUGUUGCCAAUGGCAGGACUGCAGAUAGGUUGGCAGUUUGGCACCUCUGCGGGGCGCUCUGGACUUUUCCCAGAGGACCUUACCCAGCCAUCUGCAGCCCCAGACUACCACUGCCUCCACCUAGAUCGGAGAGAUGACAGGAGGAAGAGCAUGAGAACCACUAAGCCAGUUACUUUACACAAGGAACAAAACAUGACACCAGUCAGUUCAUUCAAGGAACUGCCUGUAACACCUGUGUUGGGACCUUCUCCAGCUUCUUCCAGCAGGGCAAUGGGCAGGACUGAGUCUGUAGAAAGGUCUUCCAGAAGAGAGACCACUCAUUCCAACUCAGUAGAAGAAUCCUUCCAGAAAUCAGUAUCAAGCUCAAGUCAGAGACAGACUCUUUCUGUCAUGGGCAACUUUGCUUUCAAGUUUUUUAGGGUGGGAACUACUGGAGUUCCAGCAAGUGGAAGGAGCCUUUCAGAAGCAGUUCAGCACACAGAGGUCCCCAUCCAGGAGUCACUGAUCCACUACACUGAUCCUGAAAUCAACAGUUUGGCUGUCGAUUGCUUCACGAACCUGAUGCAGUUCAUGGGUGAUGCUCCAAUGAAGAAGAACACCAGUCAAGUCAACUGCCUGAGUCAUAUUCUGCUGCUAGGAAAAGAAAAAGAAAUGCUGAGAGAUGAAAUCUACUGCCAGGUCAUAAAGCAAACCACCAACAACUCACUUAGAUCCAGCUGUACCUUUGGUUGGCGGCUGCUAAACUUCGUGAGUGGCUUCUUCCCGUGCUCCGAUGUCCUCCAGCCCUAUGUCACACAACACCUACAAGAGAUUGUUCAGGAUUAUGAGCACCCCUAUCAAGAGCUAGCCUCUGUGUGUGAACGUAACCUCCAGCGCUCGAUCGCUUGCGGAGGUCGCCGCAGCAUGCCGUCUCAGAUCGAGAUGGAGGCCAUUCUAACUGGCAAAACGUCUCGCCGUGUUUCCAUCCACCUCCCAGGUAGACGAGAGGUCCCUGCCAAGAUCCAAAGCUUCAGUAUGGCAUUUGAUGUGGUCACUGAUUUGUGUAAAGACAUGGGAAUACAAGAUCUUCCAGAAAUCCAGGAGUUCUCUCUCCUGGCCAACAGACAGAAGGAUGGUUUAGUGCGUCCUCUCCACGCCGAAGAGUACCUGUUUGACUUCCUACUGGAUGAUGGCUCCAUUUCCUUGUCUCUGAAGAGAGUGAUCUGGAGAAGCCCUCUCUCCUUCAGGAAUGACUUCUAUGUGGACUUCCACUAUCAGCAGCUCCUGGCUGACUACAUUAGUGGAAAGUUGGUGCUGUCCUCUUCUCCCGGAGGCUCCUCAUCAGUCCAGCAGGCUGCAGAGAUGGCAGCGCUGCAACAUCUGGCCCAGGGUUUGAAGCACCAGCCCUCAGUGCCAGAGAUCAAAGGGUACUUGCCUUCACAAGAUCGACUCAGCAUCAAAGCUGAAGAGAUUCAGUCCUUCUGCCGGAGUCAGAUAGUUGCCAAGCAGCAGAUCAGCCCGCAGGAAGCCAAAAUUCGAUUCAUUGAGCUCCUGAGCAGCCUGCACUUGUUUGGCUCCAACGUGUUCUUGGCCCAGAAGGUCAGUCUGCAGGGUUUUCCCUCCCCCUGCAUGGUCAGCAUCAACCAGAAUGGAGUUAUUUUCCUUCAUCCAAAAACACAGGAACAAGUGUUUAGGAUUCCUCUGGAGGAAGUUCAGUCUAUGCGCACCAUCCACCCUAAGAAACAAGGCCAAGUCCCAGGCGUGGACAUUACCUACGGAAACCCUGUGAAACCACUAAAAGUCACUCUCCAUCUCCAGCAGGCUAAAGAGUUGUGUCACAUUCUUGCUGUGGUGAUGGAACAGCUGAUCCUACCUCCAGGCACCAGAUCAACCCGCCAGUAGACCUCUGGGCUGGAACAGAACCUCUACCAGCCACGGCUCAUCCUUCUGAAUAAUUGUUGAAGAUUGGUUAAUGGUGUGUGUGUGUGUGUGUGUGUGUGUGUGUGUGUGUGUGUGUUUCAGCAGUACAGCUGUGAUUGAGUGAUAACCUACUCGUGAUGAUGACAUUUUUAACUGGUGUCUCUUUUAAUCGGGUUUUAAACCCAUUUUCUGUUCAGAAGAACAUUUAGUAAACAACCGUUUGUGUUUUGAUCAGCAGGUUUUAUUUGAUUUAGACUCGUCUGGUUCAUACAAAACACCCACAGCAGUCAGAUUCAGACCAGUUUAUUAUGCACACUUCAGUUCAGUCGGUCUCAGUAGAUCACAACAUACAAAUAAGUCAAACGUUUUCUGUCUGAGAACCAGCAACAGCUGAGAGGAACACGACGAUGGGGAAGCAAUAGGCCCAACCCUCCAUCUGUACAGGUCAGACACGUUACUGCAGUCAAUCAUUUCUCCCCUUUAAUAAAUCAACAGGUGUAUUUUUUCUGGUUAAGCCUGAUCCUUCUGAGGCGGAGCUUACAAGGAUCAUGCAUCUGUAGAAUAAGGAACAUCUAUCAACUGACCAAGUGAUCAGAACAUUAAACCAAAAGGUUUACUGAGAACAGCACAGAAGCCAAGGACAGAACCCUGUGGUACUAUUGCAUGACUGCAGCACCUAGAUACCCCUGAUGUUUUCAUUGCAUCUUCGUUGUAUUAUUAAGUGUUUAUCAGUGACAGACCAGCACAAAGUAGCUGUGAGGUGGAUGAAACUGAUUCAUUAAUAAAAAGGUGAAAGGUG